AGUUACCGAUCAAGUACUGUAUUUGAAAGGUAAAGGAAUAGGUAGGUAAAGGAAUCAAAGAAAUUCGUUUCCAAGCAACUCUCUACUGUUGAUGUAUCCGAAAAUCUUGUUUAAAUAUUAGCAAACUGCAAAAGUGACAAGAAUAGGCCGAAAAGCUUAGUGUGACGAAAAUGGGUAUAUUUUUUCUAUGAUAAACUCUAUGUUUUCAAACUUAACCAACGGAGUGCCAACUAAAAAGUGUCAAACCACUAGAGGUGUAAUGAGCUUCUAUCGAGAAAUUAAAAGCAACAGAAUUUGCGGAGGUACAACGUGAAGUUAAACUUUCUGAAGUAACUUCACAGCAACCGGACAGAAAGUUUAACUGCAUGUUGAUAAAUUGCAAGGUUCGAUACAGAGGUUUUAUGUGAAACAAAAUUCACAUGGCAGCCCUGCCAUAAAACGCUUGAGUAGGCAAUAAAAAAAGAAAAUAUAAGUAAACGAUAAUAAGUGAAGCUUUUGGUGGAGGAAAAUCGGACUUUUUUGUAUGAUUAUCUAAAAACAUGUUGAUCAAACCACCCUUUGGUUGUAGCUCUAAAUUGAAAAUACUUGCAUUGUCCAAGUUAUAUGAUCAGCUGAUUUUUUCGUAAGGACGGCUGAAUAAAAUCUGAGGAAAAAUGAAAACCACGGCAACUACAGCAAAAAACUGGCUACAAGACGUUAAGUGUUUGAUUGCUAAUCAAAGAUUAUCGAUAUAUUUCAAUAACAAGAAAACUCUGUUGAAAUUAAUCUACUCCAAAACAAAACGAAGCUGGAUUGAAAAAAAUAAUAUAUUUUGUUACAAAGAAAAUAUCAAUUACCUUUGAUUGUGACAAGAUAACAUAUAGGAUUAGAGAGCUUUAAGCUUUAAACUAGCAUUAACCUUAAGGUAAAAUGGCUGAACAGGAAAGAUCACCAUUGUUAACGCAACAGGACCCAAUGCUCGCCAGUUCCUCGUCUAAAGAGGACCAGUCCCUGGAAGCGUCGCAUGAGAACGUACACUUGCUCGAAUCCGAGACAGCUUUAUUGCUGGAAGAGUUUUCUGAGAAAUCUGUUAAAUUUAAGGUAAAAUUAGAUAUAACCGGUAAAGGUGACUCCUAUGAAAUUUCAGACGCACUAAACCGAAUAUACACGAGUACGGAUCGAUCGAUAACGUUUGACAUAGUUUAUAAGCCUGAGCAUGGUUCCAAUCCAAGAGUAAGAAUCAUGCUUGUCGGGUCGAAUCUUUUACACCAUCCGUUGGCGCGUUGCUCUUACCAUCGCAAAGGAGACAACACGACGUUCAAAGAUCACGUGGUUCGUCACAAGGAUGCCUCAGCAGAAUACGUCGGAACGGCCACCGGAAUGCUCUACCCGGAACGUCUGGCCAUUCUUGUUCCGCUAGAUCAGUCCGGUCUGAAAAGCAUUUCCUUAGAUUUCGUGUGUCUCAACUCAUGCCACAAAAUUCGCAAGCUCAAACUAGCUCUGGUGUUCACCUUGGAAGAUCAGGACGACAAAAAAAACGUAGGCCGCCAAAUAUUUCAUCUACAAGUUUCGAAAAAUUUCAAACGAGACAUGGAAGUGGCCGAAAAAGGUCCACCUUUGAAACGUCCUGCGACUGAACUGCCAGACGAUACCGCAUCUCCGAACAAGCAAUCGCAUCGAGAGCAAUCAACCUCACCUCAACCUUCGUCGUCCAGGAUUCCAGCAGGACGUAGCACGGAAGAGCGGCCAGAUUCCAUCGCGAUGAAUUUAAAUUUGCCACACAGUGCUGCGCAAGAGUUUCUGCAAUACUCUAGGCAAUUUUUCGAAGCAAAAUUAUAUCGAGCAAACGAGCAAGAAAAACACGAACUCCUUCCCUGUCUGGACAAAAUCUGUAAGGUUUUAGAUGCCCUUCCAGAUUUGAAAUCGGAGGGAAAAAAGGAUGAGCACUAAAAUGUAACAGACCUCAGGGCCCGAGGAACACCACCACAAAUCCUGAUGAGUUGAGUUUUUCUUCAGUUACACGCAAAACGGACAUUAGAUAUAAAUGCCUAAUUUUUAGGUAUAAUCGAACCUGACUGCAAUAAGGUAUUUAUUUACUAAUAGUGUUUUAGUACGAGAGUUCCUAUAUUUUAGGUAUAAUUGUAGAACCAAAAUACCUUAAUUUUAGGUAUUUUCUGGAAAAGUGAGGGAACCAAAAUUACUAAUAUUUAGGUGUAAUCCAAGAUGGCGGACCAUGAUUAUUCCUUAUUUAUAGGUAUAAAUACUUAAAUUUGAGGUAUUUUCUGGACAAGUGAGGGAUCCAAAAUUACUAUAGUGUAACUCGCCUUCACACAAAUCCGUCGUUCCUGGUUUUCACCGAAACAGGGUUGCCAGGUUUCCAGAUAAAUCUGGGAUUUUUAAAGUGUCAGCCAGAAUAAAGCUUCAGUGCUAGAUAUUGGCAGAUUUUGUCGAUUUUGUACAACUUUUUGAUUAAAAUGAAAUAUUUUAAUUGAAAAUCAAAAGUA